AUGAGUCGUGAUGAAAAUUCACAGCACACAAAAGGUGAAAAAGUAGAAGUGCGUUCUAGAGAAAUUAAUGUUCUAGACUUCGUUAAAAGUCGUAUGAAGCAGAUAGCGGAACUACUGGAGGCUGUUGAUAAUGCUGAACUAGUUGUGGGGGAAGUUACGAAAGGACCACGAACAGCGCUUCAGCGACUUCCCCGUCAUAUGAGACGUAGAGCGAUGUCGUAUAACGUAAAGCGCUUACCACGCUCGCAACGCAGAUUCGCCCUCGCAGUUACAAAAGCGUCAAAGCAUCGAAAAAAAGCUCCUAGUCGUUUUUGGAGGCGUAGACCGUGCAACCUUCUCCGAGAAUAUAUUAGAAGACAAAGGAAGAAUGUUUGGCUAGAAACCCACAUAUGGCAUGCAAAACGAUUUCGAAUGAUCGAGAAAUACGGUUAUAAGCUUGCCGUGCAAAGCUUCCAGCGCUCGUUCCGCCCAUCGUAUCGUGAUUCAGUUCGCCAUUGCGCUGUGCAAGAUAUAAGCUUCCUCAACUGCUUUCAGAUUACGGUUGAAGAUAGGCAGUGGUUGAUAUCUACGUUGUCUGUAUUGUUUCCUCCCUCAGCAAGUCCUACUCUCGCUUAUAAGACGUCACUAAAUGGAACUUUUGAAAUUUCUUCUUUGUUAUACGAGCCUGGUGAAUAUCCGAGAGGUUUUAUUGGACCCGUUCGAUUCAUGUGGUGUAAGAAGAAGUACCUUUUUUCGAACAUUUAUUGUAGUGACACUUCUUAUUCGCUGUUGGUUUGGUCCCAUCCGUCAACGUCAGGGUCAAUUUUGAAACACUUUACGGAGUUAUUAAAUUUAUCAAGAAGCGGUAAUUCUACUAGUGAUGAAAAUAGUUCUGCGAAAUUCGUUAGUCGUUGGAAUUCUAGAACUUGCUUUUCUUACAAAGACGCUCUGUAUAUAGCAGAUUCGGGAAAGUGCAGUGUUAUUACGGAUGAAGAAAUUUCUUUGCAUCCUCGUUUAGUAAUCACCCAAUUGUUGGAUCUACGUGAACAAUUUGUCCGCAUCCGUAUGUAUGGUCCAAAAUCUAUGGCUGUUCUUGAAGAAGUCUUGCAUGUUGUCGAUGAAACAGACAUCGGCUCAGAGUGGAUGAACGCUUUCAGGCAUUUAUUUUUUUGUUUAUUUUAUGGAGACUUUGGUGAAUUUCCCAAUGGCUUAGUCUUAUAUUUAUUGGUUUCUGAUCCGCGCGUAAGCCGACCUGCUCGUAAGUGUAAACCAACCGAAAAGAGAGGAGUUCGGCGGUUCCCGUUUGAUUUAGAAGCACUUCCGGGUUCAGUAAUAGACUUUUGGGAUGCUGAAAAACGCAAAUCGGUAUAUACAUUACAACAUCUGAAUUAUAAUUGUGUGAUGGAACCUGCGUACGGUAACUACCCAACGGCCAACAUAACUGACUUAUGUGAUCGUUUUAAAAAAACCACAUAUCCGGUUUUGGAGUCAAGAAUUAGUGUAGAGGAGCUGCAAAAACGUCGAAGUAAUAAUUUAGCCACUGGAAGUAUUAGUUCUUGUAAGAUUCCCAUAUUGUUAGUGACGCGUAAUAUGGGUUCUGGUACAACAAAAACAUCAACAGGUGUUGAUUUAGUGGUCCCUGCUGGAUUUGGUUUGGAUUUCUGGCUGGCAUUGCAAUAUGGCACAGCCCGGGCCGUAGGACUGAGAGAUCAAAAAUUUUUUGGAUUUGAAUCAGGCCUUUUCCAUUUUCCAUCCGAUGUGCCGGAUUGCGACUCAGGUAUUAAAGAAAUGAAGGAAGACCAUCGACAAUUAAGUCACAAAUACUUGUCGAGGCCUUACAAUCGUCGCGUGCAGUUUCGUUCGACAUUGUUUGUCAAAUAUCCAUUUUCAUUUGCUUGGCCUGUUUUAGUAAGGGACUGGAAUGAGAAUGAAAUCAGUAAAACUUCCAAUUCAAAAAGUGUGUAUGUUUUGAGGGACCGUAAAUGUCUUGACGCCGUAGACAAAUGGAUUCGGGGAAAAGCGGCAGUUUUGGAUGCACAUUCAUGUUCACUAGUACCGGUACAGGUUGAAGCUAAAAAACGAGGCCGUCCUCUACGAUACUGUUUAAUAUGUAUUCCUACUGAAGAUGAUCUUUAUUUAUGGGAUAUACCUUCGAACGCAAUUUCUGAAAAUACUGAAGGAUGCAAACGUGCUCAAAAUCCGGAAGAAACUAAUAAUCCAUUUAAAGCUAUGUCUUCUGAAGCUGAUGGAGAAAAGGGGUUUAUUGAAUUAAGUGGUAACGAAAAAUUAGUGUCGCUUAACGAAAUGUUCCCAGAUAAAGAAAUUCUCAAAAUAAGAAAGAAGAAUGCACUGAAGCGGCGGAGACGUCAGAGGGCAAAACUAGCAAAACGACAGAAAUUCGAAAAUCAAGAGCUUUCCACAAAAGACGGUGAAGAAACGAGUCGUGAGAUCAGAGUUGCCACCUCCACUUCGGCAGUUGAAAAAUCAUAUAGGGAAAGCUGUUCUAGAUCAAUCAUCGGGCGAAUUGUACGUGGCGAAUACUCAUUCUCAUCUGCGAAAGGCCGUGGUAUAGGAUACUGCAGUCUACUUAGCUUGAAAAAUGUCCGUAAUGGUAAAGUACUUUUCCGGAACACGACUUCUAAGUACUAUCACUUUGGGAAACUCUCUAUUCUUAGUGAGCCAGUAAUUUUAUAA